UGGUAACUUCAAUCACUGUGUCACCCUCAUUGAGAAGAUCUCCGAUCGUCAAAUUACAAAGAUGGCGGCGUGGACAGCGGCGGCGCGUCAAGCUUCAGCCCUCUCUCGGCUCUCGGCUUCCAAAUCAGUGAAUUCAACCAGCCAAGGCGCACUCCUCAUCCAGCGGCGCGGUCUAUCCGGCGGUGGUGACCAUCAUGGUCCUCCAAAGGUGGACUUUUGGAAGGAUCCAAUGAGCCCAUCAAAAUGGAAAGAAGAGCAUUUUGUGAUAGUCUCUCUUACUGGUUGGGGUUUGGCCUUCUAUGGAGGUUAUAAGCUCUUCACAGGAGGAAAGAAAGAGAAGAAGGAAGAGAAAUGAUCACACGGACGUCGGGUUGUCUCUAUUCACCGGCAAUAAAGUAGUGUAAGUUGCUAGGUCAUUGUGGCCUUGUUCAAGCCAAUAUGAGGAUGUAAUUUGUCGUCCCCUAUCCAUUCCAUUCUAGCUUUGAACUUCGAGUUGUACAUGAAAUGUUGGUCUAACAAUCAACUAUGAGUUCUUUCCUGAAUCGUUAAUCCAUUUAAUAACCAUCACCAUGAGUAUGUUGAGGA